AUGGAACCAGGAGCCUCAGCCCUGGUCCUUGCUGUGGGAGGUGACACGCUCAUCAGCGUGGCUUCAAUUCUGGAGGACCACAAGCGCGAUCGACCAAUGGCCCUGGAUCUCUUGUGGCAGGUGCUGCAAAGGGGGCAGGAAAUCAGCAAGCGCGACUGGAAGGUGCUGAGAGUGGCGAUAACAGAGCUGCGUGACAGCACAUACAUUGGGCGCCUCUUCUUUGGCGAUGCUGACACUGGAAAUCUGGUGUGGGACUGUGACUGCCGCCCCAGCGAUGGCUGCUGGCUGGCCCUCAAGAUGAUGAAGCAGUCUGGAAGCCCCGACUCCAUUGUCAUCGCUACUGAAGAGGCUGUCACAAAUCCUCUGACAAGCAUCAGGGGAGAUGAGCCAGAGCCCUUGAAGCGGCUGAAGCGUGAGAUGGGAGUCGCGCUCCAUGAAGAGGAUUAUGCAACAGCAGCGCGCAUCCGUGACCAUCCCUUCAUGCAGCUGCACAUGCGGAUCUUGGAGCAUCGCAAGAACAACAGAGUGGAUGCGGCAAAUUCCAUGGAGCGCGAAUUGGAGGAUCUCAUCAAUCAGCAGAGCUCACCAGAUCGCCAAGAAGGAUGA